AUGAGUGCAUUGGUGACAAUCGCCAGCGUUGGCAGCACCCUCGCCAUCAUUGGAUGCGUGUUGACCGUCGGAUUCAUCUUCAACGACAUCAACAGCUUCUAUGAUGAGGCGAUGGGGACGAUGGAGGAGUUCAAGCUCAAUGAGCAGGGAGCUUGGCACGGAAUGGUGAAGACGACGCGCUCGCCGUCCGAGAUUCUUUUCGGUCGCGCCAAAAGACAAGCCGGACUGUGUAAUUGCGGAGCGCAAGCGAAUGAUUGUCCGGCGGGACCACCAGGUCCGCCGGGAGCACCAGGAGAGCCGGGUGACGACGGACACCCGGGAGAGCCGGGAACGCCAGGAGGUCAUGGUCCCACCAUCGGCAUUGUGCCGGACGGCAAAGCUUGUAUUCCGUGUCCGGCUGGCGAGCCAGGACCAGCGGGACCACCAGGAGCCGCCGGAGCCGCCGGACCCGACGGACAGCCAGGAGCGCCAGGCCUCGGCGGACGACCGGGACCAGCGGGACCGGCGGGACCAGUUGGAGACGCGGGAGCGCCGGGAGCGCCCGGAAACGACGGACAACCGGGAGCGCCGGGACAGUCGGGACAGCGAAGCCGCGGACUUCCGGGACCCGCGGGACCGACGGGACCACAAGGAGCGCCGGGACAGCCGGGGCAACCGGGACAACCAGGCGGACAGGGAGCCGCAGGACCUGCUGGACAGCCGGGACCCGACGGACGGCCGGGACAGCCGGGCGCGCCAGGACAGCCGGGACCCGACGGACAGUCGGGACAGCCGGGAUCCGAUGCCGAAUAUUGCCCGUGCCCGACGCGAUCGGUCGCCGUUCAGCGACGAUCGUCGGCUCGUCGAGCCGCCAACGCCGUCGUCUAG